AUCAUGACAUCUUUAAGUGUUAUGCAGAUGACACUCAAUUAUACCUGCUGAUUGAGGACACUAAGCUUAGUUUGCAAGAUUCUCUGUAAGAUUUAUUGUUUGGUUUUUGUUUUUAAAGCAAAACUGGAUGUUGCAACCAAAUCACCUUAGAAAUGUUACAUAAGUAAGAUCCGCUUUACAUUUUAGACACACAAACCUUAUCUGAUCAGACUACGCCGACUAUCUCAUCAACCUGUGAUUACUGCAACAGGCUCUUAACUUGUUUUAAUCAUAAAACUACAUGCUGUUCAGAACUCAGCUGCAAGGCUUUUAACAGGACUGAAUAACUGUGUGCAUCAAACUGAACUGUUCACACCAGUUCUUCUCAUCAUUUUAUAUGAAUGUUUAACAGUUGUGCCUCUUGAUUUCAUUCCUUAAAGACGCCCACACACCAACACAGAACACUCAAGCCUGAUAAACUGCUGUGGUAAAGAAAUGUGUGGUCAAAAAAUGCUGCGACCUCCUAAUUAUAGAUCUUUGUGUGUGUGUGUGUUCAUAUACAAUAUUUGGACUUAUGAGUAACAGUAAUGAUGGCAGAAGGCUGAUAAGCCUGUAUUUCAUCGCAUCACAAGUUUUUCUAAGUUCCUCAAUUUAAAAAUAGGAACUGUGUUUGAUCAGAGUAAAUAUUCACACUGUCCCCAUGCCUUGUAAUGUCUCCCCAGUUAGAGGAAACAUUUGACAGGAAAUGAAAUGCACUUCAACACUCAUACUUGUGAAUAGUAUUUAUCGGACUGGAUCGUGUGAACUACUGUGUGCUUGAUGAUCCUCUUCAACCCUCAUUUCCAGUCACCAGUCAGAUUGUGUAAGCCAUGAUCUGAGGUGUUAAAGUCUGCAUUAUCUCUGUGGAUGCAUACUUGCUAUCACACAUGCUGCACUCACGCACAUCCAUCAUGUCUCAGUCUGAACCCUGUGCAACGGUGUGGGACUGGUUGUGCAUGCUUCGCCUAGAGCAGUAUUGUGAGGUAUUUCAGGGUGCCGGGCUUGCAACAUUACAACAAUGUCGCAGCCUCACAGCAGAUCAGCUGGAGCAGAUGGGCAUCACCCUGCCGGGUCAUCGGAAACGCAUCUUGGCUAGCCUGAACAAGUCAUAUGGCAAUAGUGAUCCACACUGUCAGUUUGACCAGUAUGAGAAAGAACAGAAGUUGGUUGAGGCAGGACAUGUCAAAGUGUUGCAGAGACCUGUACCCAUCCCAGUGGAUGAAAAACCCUUCCUUAAAGAAGGGGAGAAAAGAGAUGGAGAGGCCCAAAGGCCUACCCCUAGGGAAAGAGAGAAACCAGUCCCCAGGGUGAGACAAGUAUCCAAGGUGAAAGAGGAAAGUGGAGAUGGAGGACAGAAGAAGCCGGUUUCUGGACACAGGCAACCAGCACCAAGAGGAAAAAGAGAGGAAGAGAGGGAUGGAGGAAGAGACGGAGAGAGGGAGAAGCCUGUGCCUAAAGAAAGGACUAAGUUUCGCAGUUGUUCUCCAGUGGACUGUCACCCGAGCCUCCUUGUCUCUCCAUGUUCUGACACCUCUUUACCCCCUGUCCCCCCACGAAGCACCCCCAACUGCCCUCCACAGCGCUUCACUUCUCCCCUGAGCCCCUCACCUCCUCCCCGAACCCCUGCCUCCCCUAAACUGGACAGACUUGAACUUAAACCCCUGGCUGUACAGAGGAGAUCUGGGUGUCAGACUGUUACCCCGACCAACACCCCCACCCAUACUCCAACACAUGCACCUCUCCAUCCUCCCAACUUUCCGUCUGCCCAAACCCGUCCACAGACAUUAGCCAUUCACCCACCUGCCCAACAUUUGGAUAGUGAUGGAGUAAGAAAAACUUCACCCAUCUCCAACAUUGGUUCCUUGAGUGAUGACAGAAAUGCUCCGCCUCUCCCUCGAAAAGUAGGUGCAACACCUAAAGGCCCUCCACCAAUCCCCCAGCGGUUACCUGCACAGUCUCCCAGAACCCACAGCCCCUCUCCCACCAAGACGGUCACCGAUGAGAUACAGAGAGACCAGACUCCACAUGUUCCACCUCGCAUCAGGACACCCCAAGCUCUAGACAACGCACAGCAGUCAACUCAACCAGCUCUGCCUGUUAGGAUUGUCUCCCAGCCUCUGCAUGAGUCCAGGUUGGAUGAACCUGAUCAUAGUUCUGAUGACUACGAGGAUCCAGAUUUGUUUUCUCCCGAUGUUCAUCGAAUGAACACACCAGACAGGGAUAUGUCCCUGCAAGUGCCUGAGCAAAAGGGACGAUACAAUUCUUUGUACAGUGACGAUGAGCUGUUGGAUGAUGAUGAACCUGGGCUAUGGCAGGAUGAGGGCCUCAGCAGCCUGAAAGGCAGUGUCUACCUGCCCAGCUAUGGCAGACUGUCUUCAGCCGCUAAAGAAGACAGCUCUCAGCUCACUUCUGUCAUCAAGAUGGGCUGGCUGGACAAGAAUCCACCUCAGGGGGCCCUUUAUUAUCAGAGGCGAUGGGUUAAGCUUGAUGCUGACUACCUGAGAUACUUUGACAGUGACAAGGACGUGUAUUCUAAGGGGAUCAUCUCUACUGCCUUCAUCACUAAUGUGAACAGUGUGGGAGAGCUGAAGUUUGAGGUUGUCACAAACAACCGAACGUUUAUUUUCAGGGCGGAAAGUGAAGCUGAGAGAAAGGACUGGGUGUCUGUACUGCUGGACUGCACCAGGGGGCGCCCUCUGCAUAGCACCAUGAGCCCUGGCUCACCUUUGACCCCAGACUAUCAGGGCUAUCUAGAGCUCAGAGGCUUACGCUCCAAGCUUUAUACUGUUGUCGCCUCAGAUAAAGUUUUCCUCUACAAAGCCAUCGACGACUAUCGUAUAGGAAUCGGCAUCACAUCCAUUGAGAUGAAUGUUGGAAAUGUUAAGAACACAGAUCGUCGUAGCUUUGAUCUCACCACACCUUAUCGCAUAUUCAGUUUCAUCGCAGAAUCAGAGCAACUGCGAGAGCAGUGGGUGGAUGCUAUGCGGAAUGCUAUAGGUGAGGCAUUGUCGAACCGCGAGGUGGCAGAGCGGAUCUGGGCGGAGCCUAGCAACAGUCUCUGUGCCGACUGUGGGGCUCCCAAUCCGGAAUGGGCUGCUAUCAACUUGUGUGUGGUGGUCUGCAAACGAUGCGCAGGAGAGCACAGAGGACUGGGUCCAAGCAUCUCAAAAGUUCGUAGCCUGAAAAUGGACAGAAAAGUCUGGACAGAAGAGCUUAUACAGGUGUUCCUGUUGCUAGGCAAUGAGCGGGUAAACAGUUUCUGGGCAGCCAACAUCCCACCAAGUGAAGCUUUGACACCCUUCAGCUGCAGCGAAGAGAGACGGCGCUUCAUCACCAACAAAUACCGCCAGGGCAAGUACAGGAAGUACCACCCUCUGUACGGAAACCAGAGAGAGCUCAACAAUGCUCUGUGUAUAAAUGUGCAGAGCAGCGAUGUCCUGGAGACAUUAAGCCUGAUUUUCUGCGGUGCAGAUGUAAAUUGUUCAACUGGUAUUGCAAGUUGUCCCUCCCCUCUCUCCCUGGCCAGCGCACGCUCACAACCCUUGCAGGCAGAGUUAUUAAGCCACAAUCUCAACACAGAGCUACCACGGUCAGAGGUGGUCGGGACCAUGGAGACGAGACAUUACUCACCACCAUCUUGUGUGUCUCACAAUGGUUUCCUGUUCAAGACUGGAUCCAUGGCUCGGGCUAUCACAGAACGCAAGGCUAGAGAGGAGUUCAGUCGACGCUGGUGUACACUGAAUGAUGGCACCUUCAGCUACUAUGAGAGUGACAAGAACUCAAACCCUAACGGGGCCCUGAAGGCCUCAGAGAUAGUGUGUUUGGCUGUCGACCCGCCUGAAAGACAUGGGUAUGACCAUACCUUUGAACUCUACUCAGAGUCAGAGCGUCUGUAUCUGUUUGGCACUGAUGACCCAGACAGCCACAAGGAAUGGGUCAAGUCUAUCGCCAAGAGCUUCAUCCCAGCCACUGCAGAGCCUUUACUGAGAUUGAGCUUUGAGCGGAUUGGGCGGCUGAAGUGUAAAGAUGGCCUGAACCUACAAACAUCCAAGGUUGGCUGGUUUGCUCUGGUGGGCUCCACACUUCAUGCCUACCUGGCAGACAGCCAGGGAGAGGAGAUCCACCUCCGCAAGCUGAAUGAACUCUCAAUUCAACAAGACAAUGAAGUGCUGGUUCUGGUGGAGAGAGGCAGAACUCUGUACAUAGAGGGAGAGAGGAAGUUGGAUUUCGCCGGCUGGUGCGGUGCCAUCCAGGCGGCAGCAGGGAGUGGAGGAGACACACUGAGCCAGCAGCAGCUGACGGAGACAGACAUACCUGUCAUUGUACACAGCUGCAUUGCCUACAUCACUCAGUGCGGCUUGACGUCUGAAGGGAUAUAUCGUAAGAGUGGAGUGAAUUCCCGUGUGGCAGCGCUGUGCGAGAGUUUCCGCCGUGAUGCACGCAGUGUUCGUCUGAGGGAGGGAGAGCACCAGGUGGACGAUGUCUCCAACACACUCAAACGCUUCUUCAGGGAGUUAGGAGAGGGGCUGUUCAUGGCGGAAGAUGCCAGCUCCUGGCUCAGCAAUGCUGCCGUUCAGGAUGAAAGCAUGAAAAUCUCGCAAUACCAACUUCUUCUGAACAGACUGCCUAGUGUCAACAAGGCUACACUACAAGCCCUUAUCAACCACCUUUAUUGCGUACAGCGGUUUUCUGAGAUGAACCAGAUGAACCUUCAUAACCUUGCCAUAGUGUUCGGUCCCACGCUGUUCCAGACCGACGGGAAGGACUUUGCUGCCGGCCGCGCCAUAGAGGACCUCAUACAGCACUACACGCUCAUCUUUGAGGUGGAUGAGCAACAACUAAAGAGGCAGCUAGAGGAGAUCACUGUGAUCAUCCAAGUGCGAGAGAAACUCAACACAAAAUUUCCUAGUACUGAACCUGGAGGACACUUCAUCUGUACAGUGUACCUGGAGGAAAAGAAGGACACAGCAGAACAGCAUGUCAAGAUUCCUGGUUCUAUGACAGCAGCAGAGCUAUCCUGUGAGAUUCUGGACCGGCGUAACAUCCCGGUUAAAGACAAAGAGUACUGGAGCUGCUGGGAGGUCAGCGAAAAGGAGGAAAUGGAACGUCCACUGCACUAUCAGGAGCGAGUCUUGCCCAUCCUUCACUCAAUCGGCACUGACUCCCAUCUGCUCAUCAGGAAACACCUCGCAAUGGACGCAAUGAUCCUCUACCUGGCCAGUAAAGUGGAUCCAUCCAAACAUGGGUUGAUGAAAUUUAGAGAAGAGCGAAGCAUUUUGGGACUGGGAAGUUUCCAUGACCGAUAUUUCAUCCUCAAUUCCAACUCUCUCAGGAUGUACAAGGAAGUCAGAAGUAAUCGUCAAGAGCGUGAUUGGCCAGUGAAAAACCUAACAGUGUACCUGGGUAUUAAGAAGAAGCUCCGUCCUCCCACAUGUUGGGGUCUGACGGUGGUGUAUGAGAGUAAGAAACAAGAGAAGCCAGAGAGACAGCAGUGGUAUCUCUGCUGUGACACCCAGACAGAUAUGAGGGAGUGGUAUGCUACUUUUCUCAGUAUCCAGCAUGAUGGAAACGUGUGGCCUCAGGAAGGACUCCAGCAGACGCGGGUGAGCCGUGUGAUGCCGGACACACGUCAUGGUAACGUGUCACUGAUACCACUGCGUGGCAGUGAGAAUGAGAUGCGGAACAGCGUUGCUGCUUUCACUCAAGACCCGCUUGCUGUGAGUCAACCAGCCAAUCAUUGGGACUAAUCUAGGACAAGCCAGGAAGCUCACUCUAGAAGCUAAUGGCCAAUCAGAGACAUUCAUGCUGUACCGGUGGCCCAGACCCUCAAAGUUAAUCCUCACCGAAGACAGGAACAAAUUUACACCGAAUGUGUGCUAAUUUUGUAAUAUGUACUUUUCAUUUGGAGUUCUGAACUCUAUUAAAAGUUCUCUUAGUUUAAAUAUAUUUGAGAUACAUGACUGUGCUUCAGAAUCCUACUUUUGCGGGUGCGUGCACAUUCAUUAUUUGUCUUUUCUUUUUAUCAUUAACUCUUGCCAAAGAAGGACAGGAGUUGAGGGCUGCACCUGUACAGCAUCAGUAAUCUCUGUUCCAUGAUUCAUCUUUGAUUUAGCUAUCAUGACAGGAUCUGGAUUCUGAAACUGUGAGUUUUUACCAAAAAUAGACUCCAACAGUGUGUGUGUGUGUGUAUGUGUGUGUGUGUGCUUUUAUGAGUCUAGAUUCCAAAACAAAAGAAUAUAUUAUGAAUAUGUGUCUGGGUUGAAAACCUGUUUAAGAAUCCAGAUGAUGUGAGGAGGAGUAGAUGGCAGCAUCUCCAUAUUGUAGGAGGUUUGGACAGAGAACCAACUAAAACAGAAGAGUUAUUCUGGCAAGGCUCUGGCAAAGCAUCAAAACACCCAAGGAACAACAGAAUUGAAGACCAACACAUUUGAAAUGAACUCAAGCCUGCAGGCAGGCAAUGGUUAACACUGUGUUUCACAGAGCUGAUGCCACACCAGCUCACGGAUUUGUGUACUUGGCAAGAGUUGAACAAAAAUCACCGUUGGUUUGUUGGACUAUAUUUCAAGCAUGCUGACUUUAAACCAGACCUAUUCAACAACACCAACAUCACCCUCUCCAUCUGUUCUCUGAUUUUCAUAGAAGCUUUGACUGCAGCCAAAAUAUUUAACUCUAACUCUACACUCUAGGUGUCGGAUGUCCAGAUGUCCACAAUCUGAUGAUGUAGUUGCCUCCUCCUGCUGUCAGUUUUGGAAAUAUCUCCAAUACUGGCUCUUCUAUCAGAUCGGCAUUCCUUAUUGGCUGAUACGCAAUCACAUGCCACUCAUUAGUUUGUUGCCUACUGUAGCAACACAUAAGAAUUCAACUCUUUGGAAAUAACACGAUUCCAGAGUUGCUGUGUUGUGGAUUUGCAGGUAUUUUCUUUUGAUCUUUGUCUGUUCAGCGUAUUGGCAGGAUACAGUUUAUGUUGGGAGUGAGAGUGGAGGUGUGAUUGCAAUGGUGAUGGGGUAGCAGCAGAAGCCGGGUUUUUGCAGGAUGUUUGUGUGCGUGUGGGUGGAGGCGGGAGAUUCACUGCAUAUUGAUGUGCAAUUUUCAGUGUGAUGUGAAAGGGUAAAUGUGAAAAAACUGUUUGUGUGUGGGGGGGAGAGAGGGAGAGAGAGAGAUACUCUCAAGGUGAGUCCAAAUGAUGUUUUGGUGUGAUAUUGGAAUGUUAAUAUCACAGCAUCUGUCUUUCUCCUCUCUGUCAUGCUCAGUACAAGUCUUCUUCACACUUCUCUUGUUUAGUUAUACAAAUACCACCUGCCUGCCUCUUCAUCUCUUUCACCCUGUGUUUCCCUCCUGUCUUCAGUCCAUCACUGUCCUCACCUUCCUCUGUUUCUGUACCUCCCAGUUUUCUCCCAUCUGUCCAUCUCCUUCCCUGUCAUAACCCUGUCUGUUGUUUGUC